CGCGGAGGCCCCUCCCCGGCUCCGAAGCCCCGCCCCCUAGCAAAGAUGGCGGCGGUGGCGGCCUGGCGGGCGCUCCGCUGGCAGCUCCUGCGGACCCCGGGCUCGGGCCCGGCCCGGCGCCUCAGCACCGCCGAGUUCCCCUCGCCGGAGGAGAAGCCGCAGUUCCCCGGCGCUUCGGCCGACUUCGCCGACCGGUUGGAGUUCAUCCAACCCAACGUCAUCUCGGGCAUUCCCAUCUACCGGGUGAUGGACCGGCAGGGUCACAUCGUCAGCCCCGACGAGGACCCCCAGCUGCCCAAGGAGCUGGUGUUGAAGCUCUACAAGACCAUGACGCUCCUCAACACCAUGGACCGCAUCCUCUACGAGUCCCAGCGCCAGGGCCGUAUCUCCUUCUACAUGACCAACUACGGCGAGGAGGGGCCGCACGUCGGCAGCGCGGCCGCACUGGACGACACCAACUUGGUUUUCGGGCAGUACCGGGAGGCAGGUGUGCUGAUGUACCAGGGCUACCCCCUGGACCUCUUCAUGGCACAGUGUUACGGCAACACCAGCGACCCCGGCAAAGGCCGGCAGAUGCCAGUCCAUUACGGCUGCCGCGACCGCCAUUUCGUCACCAUCUCGUCCCCACUGGCCACCCAAAUCCCGCAAGCUGUGGGGGCCGCCUACGCCAUCAAGCGUGCCGACGCCAACCAAGCGGUGAUCUGCUAUUUUGGGGAGGGGGCAGCCAGUGAGGGGGACGCCCACGCCGGCUUCAACUUCGCCGCCACCCUUGAGUGUCCCAUUGUCGUCUUCUGCCAUAAUAACGGCUACGCCAUCUCCACUCCCACCUCCGAGCAGUACCGGGGCGAUGGCAUUGCAGCACAUGGCCCUGGCUACGGGCUGAUGUCUAUCCAGGUGGACGGCAACGACGUCUUCGCCGUUUAUAACGCCACCAAAGAAGCCCGGCGUCGCGCUGUGGCAGAGAACCAGCCUUUUCUCAUCGAAGCCAUGACCUACCGAAUCGGUCACCACAGCACCAGCGAUGACAGCUCAGCGUACCGCUUGGUGGACGAGGUGAAUUAUUGGGACAAACAGGAUCAUCCCAUUUCCCGGCUGCGGCAUUACAUGCUGAACCAGGGCUGGUGGGACGAGGAGGAGGAGAAGGGCUGGCGCAAAAGCUCCCGCAAAAUGGUGAUGGAGGCGUUCGAGCAGGCGGAGCGGAAGCUGAAGCCUAACCCCCAGCUCCUCUUUUCUGACGUUUACCGGGAGAUGCCGCCUCACCUGCGACGGCAGCGGGCGGCUCUGGAACGGCACCUGCAGCACUAUGGGGAGCAUUACCCCCUCGAGCACUUCAAACAGUGACAUAUCCCACCCCCGCAACAAAUAAACCCGGGUGUGCGCACCCA